AUGGUUGCAAGAAUUGAGAAUCUUGAUCGGACGGUGGAGGAUACUACGGCGGCGAAUAGCGAGACUCUCGAUGGGACGGUCGAUGAGAAGGCGGCGAUUUGUCUGAUGCUGUUGUCGAGAGUCGGAGGAUGCGACGGAGAGAAGCGCGUUUUCCGAUGCAAGAUUUGUAUGAAAGAGUUCUCUUCGUUCCAGGCGUUAGGAGGCCAUCGCGCGAGCCACAAUAAACCCAUUAAGAAUAGCAGCGACGACCAGUCUCAAUCGUCGUCGUCGUCUUCGCUUUCUUUGGGAUCCGCCGUCUCUAUGAAAACCAAAAGGAAGACGAAGUCGCAUACUUGUCCGAUUUGUGGCUUGAACUUUCCGUUGGGACAGGCUCUUGGCGGUCACAUGAGGAAGCAUAGGAACGAGAAAGACUCUGGCGGCGCGUUAAUUACACACUCUUUUUUGCCGGAGGCGACGACGGUGAAGAAAUCGAGUAGCGGCAAGAGAGUGGAGUGUUUUGAUUUGGGAUCGGACUCGAUGGAGAGUAUGAUCAAUUUGAAGUUGGAGUUGGGAAGAACGAUUUAUUGA